AUGGGCGACGACAAAGUGCAAGAGGCCGCCACCUCGGUGAGAGGUCCCGUCCCUCCUUACGAUGGCGCGGGCAACGUGGAAUAUAAGGCUCAUAACGCCAUUGAGCCUGUCGACGAGGCAUUGCAGCAUUACCACUCUACUGAAGGAACGGCUUCGGACUCAUCUAUGACCAAGGUCAUUCGAAAUGCCCAGGCGGCUACGGAUAAGGAGCGGAAUAUGACUCUGUUGCAGGGUAUUAAAUUGUAUCCCAAGGCCGUCGCUUGGAGUGUCUUGAUUUCGACCUGCAUUGUUAUGGAAGGAUACGAUAUCAGUUUGGUGAACAAUUUCUAUGCGUUCCCGCAAUUCAAUGAGAAAUACGGACAGCUGCAGGCGGAUGGUUCUUAUGAAGUAUCGGCGUCGUGGCAAUCGGGACUUAGUAACGGUGCCUAUGUCGGUGAAAUCAUUGGCUUGUUCAUUAACGGAUGGGCUUCGGAACGAUUUGGAUACCGGUACACCAUCAUGGCAUGUUUGAUCCUUGUGAGCGCAUGGACAGCAAUCUUUUUCACCGCCCCCAAUAUUCAGUCACUAUUGGCUGCCGAGAUUCUGUGCGGUAUUCCCUGGGGUGUGUUCCAGACGUUGACCGUCACUUACGCCUCUGAGGUGUGCCCCGUCGCGCUGCGUGGAUACCUGACCACCUACGUCAACUUCUGCUGGGGCUUGGGUCAGCUUAUUGGAAUUGGUGUCAUCAAGGGAAUGCUGAACCGUCAGGACCAAUGGGCAUACCGAAUCCCCUACGGACUGCAAUGGAUGUGGCCGAUCCCAUUGUUUAUUGGAAUUUGGUUGGCGCCCGAGUCUCCCUGGUGGUUGGUGAGGAAAGGACGAACAGAAGACGCGAAGCGUUCCCUCGAGCGACUUACCAGCAAAGACCGUACAACCGAUUUCGAUCCCGAUGAGACCAUCUCGAUGAUGGUACAUACGACUGCUUUGGAGGCCAAGAUCACCCAGGGUGCCAGUUACUUUGACUGCUUCAAGGGCAUCGAUCGACGCCGGACCGAGAUUGUCUGUAUGGCUUGGGCGAUGCAGAACCUCAGCGGUAACUCUUUCUCCAAUUACUCGACCUAUUUCUUAGAGCAGGCUGGACUCUCCUCAUCCAACUCUUACUCUUUUGCCAUGGGUCAGUACGGAAUCAACAUGGUUGGCACAUUUGGCGCCUGGUUCCUAAUGGCUGUGGGCAUUGGUCGCCGAACGCUUAUUCUGUACGGAUUGUGCGGUCUUUGCACAAUGUUGAUGAUCAUGGGCUUCCUCGGACUCGUCCCAAAGGCACACAAGGACCAAGCCUCUCUGGCCACCGGCUCAAUGAUGCUCGUGUGGGCUCUCUUCUAUCAGCUGACUGUCGGUACCGUCUGCUACUCUCUGGUUGCGGAAAUGUCGACCCGGCGUCUCCAGAUCAAGACGGUGGUUCUCGGUCGUUGUCUUUACAACGUCGUGGCCGUAAUUUGUGGUGUUCUAACACCUUAUAUGCUGAACCCGUCGGCCUGGGACUGGAGCAAUUAUGCCGGUUUCUUCUGGGGCGGAUCCUGCUUUCUGUGCAUUAUAUACUCCUAUUUCCGCAUUCCUGAGCCCCAGGGCCGCUCGUUCGCUGAACUCGACCUGCUUUUCCAACGCAAGGUCAGCGCUCGCAAGUUUGCGACUACGAAAGUUGAUGUAUUCGAUGAAACCAUUGAGGGACGUGUCAUUGACGAUUAUCGGGCACAAAAGACUGCCCACAACGACCCCAGCCAGACGGAGAAGAAUGCUGGCUUCCAAUGA